CACUCGUCGCUCGCGGUGCCUCGAGUUGGCGUCCGCCCGGAAGGCGGGGCUGGGGCUCACAGAUGGCCCCACUGCCGGGGGCUGAGCUGGUCCAGACACCGCUGCAGCUCUACCGUUACCUGCUGCGUUGUUGCCGGCAGCUGCCAACCAAGGGCGUCCAGGAGCACUACAAGCAUGCUGUCAGGCAGGGUUUCCGGGUUCACUCAGAUGAAGAUAACCCUGAGAGAAUCCUGCAGAUUAUUAAAAGAGCCAUUGAAGAUGCCGACUGGAUCAUGAACAAGUAUAAAAAACAAAACUAAGAAUCCGGAGUUGGCAGCAUGACUGUCCUGGAGACAUUGGAACUGAGAAGCCUCUCUGCUUUUGGAGCUCAGCAGCAGCAGUUCUGGAAUAUUCUUUGACCUUGUUGGCUGAAAGCAAGAAAUCAUAGCUGCCAUUUGGUCAAGUGGCUCUUGUCACUGCAGCCAUGUUUCCAGCAUCUGUUUUGUCUGCUCUUCCAUCCCGGAAUGAUAUGCAGUUUGGGGAGAACUUGGUGUUUUUUUGUUUCUUCUCUGUGUUUCUCAUUUUUGUCUAUCUGUUCUUUUUCUUUGCUCUGAAGGCAAUUAGUUUAUUCUGGAGGUCCCUUUACCGGUCUCCAAGCCCCAGAGCUGAUGUCCCCUCAGACGACCACCUGUACACGAGAAAGAGAACAGGCCUGAGAACCAGGCAGCUGUGGAUCUGAAUCCCAGUCAGCAUCCACAGCUUCAGGCGCUGCCCGGGUGAGCCUGGAUGAGGUGCGAUGAUAUGCCGCACACCGGCUUCGGGCAUGGGGACCUUUCAAGGAAGCCGCUGUGAUGCCUUUCCUUAGCUCCAGCUCUGUCUCCCAUACACCACAUCCUCUCUCAGUGACUCAGCUGAGAGUUUGUCCUGUGCUGUCUCAGAGCCCCUCCAACCCCCAGUCCCAGCUGUGCUGUGCCCUUAAUCUGCUAAAGUGUGGCUCCUGACACAGUCCCCCCAAUGUGCUCCAAGAGAGGUCCUGGCCCUUGAGGUGGUGAAACAUACCACGUGAGACUGGGAAGAAGAUGCAGGCAGCCAGAGUAGGCACCAGAGGUCCAGGCUUCUGGGAUGCCACAGUGUCCUCAUGGCUCUCCCGGGCCUUGACCCUCAGGGGAGGAUGAGAGGGACAGAGAGGAGCAGCCCAGUGGGUGAAGUAGCUGGAAAACACAGAGAAGCCACACUGGGAGUUGAAUAUUACAGGAAGAGCUAGGGCCUAUGUGUGUCCUUGUGAGUUGGAGUGACCUCUGUCCAUGCAGAAGGGGUUGACAGUACUGAGGCACGUGCGUCAGUUUGUGAAAGCUCUUUCCGUUUCUUUAUUUAAGACAGGAUCCCACUGUGUAGCCCUGACAAGCUUUGAACUCUGGAGCUUUCAGCAAUCCUCCUGCCUCUGCCUCCCAAGCUGCUUAGAUGAUAGGUGUGCCACAACACACAGCUUAUUAUUAUUAUUAGCUUUUUUACAUUAUUUAUUUGUGUGUAUGUA